AUUAUCAUUACUUCAAAAUUAAAAUGAAAACGAUAUUUAAAAGUUAGGCGUAUUUAACUUUUAACGCACUCCUUCAACUCACCGUCCACCCAAAAUAUACACAAGAAAGAGAAAGAGGAGAGAGAAAGAGAAAGAGAGGCUUUGUAACAAAGGCUGUAUCUGCGUAUUAUAUGAUUAACAAUGAAGAAAAGCCAUUAAAGCUGUGUACGCCUUCCUCCCCCUAUCAUCAUAAUCGCACAUGGAAAUCUCAUUCCUCAACCACAUCAAUCUCACGUAAUCCAUUCUAGGGUUUUAUGUUUAACCAAACUACCUGUAGAUCUGCCUUUUCGUCCGUCCCGAUUUUCAUUUCUACGUUUUUUUCUGAUUCAAACAGGGAUUUUGUUAAGGGGAUUGAUCUGCAUGCUCGAGAAUCGAUUGAUUUCCAGAUUUAUCUGAUCUGAACCGGACUUGUAUUUGAAAACGCUUCACAUCCGCUUCAAUUCGAAGUUUCCCUCAUUUUUAGCCUUUCUCUGUAACUAAACCUCAAAGAAAAGUUGGCUCCCCAACGCAGAUUACAGCGCCACAUGGGCGGCCAGAUGCAACAGAGAAAUGCUUCUGCAACUUCUCUGUAUGAUCAAUCUGCAGAUGGUGGGUCCCAUCACAAUGCAGGUUCUGCUAACGAUGCUGGAGAUGCUGUAAUGGCAAGAUGGCUCCAGUCUGCAGGUCUACAGCAUCUGGCCUCACCUGUGGCAUCAAAUGGGAUUGAUCAACGCCUCCUACCCAAUCUCCUCAUGCAGGGGUAUGGAGCACAAUCUGCUGAAGAAAAGCAAAGGCUUUUUAAAUUAAUGAGGAACCUUAAUUUCAAUGGUGAAUCUGGUUCUGAGCCUUUCUCUCCAACAACUCAAGGCUCUGGAGGAAUUGGUGCAUCAGAUGGUUUUUAUUCUCCGGAUUUCAGGGGUGAUUUUGGUGCAGGGCUAUUGGAUUUACAUGCUAUGGAUGACACUGAGCUUCUUACAGAGAAUGUUGACUCAGAACCAUUUGAGCAAUCACCUUUUAUGCCUGCUGUUACUAAAGCAGUCGAAAAUGACCAAGAUACCCUUCCAUACCGCCAACAAAGAGGACAAACAGAUGUAGAUGCUUCUUUUGGGUUACCAACACCCGAAAAAGAAAUCAGCUCAAGGGAAAAUAAUGUGGCCAAGAUUAAAGUCGUGGUGCGCAAAAGACCACUGAAUAAGAAGGAACUUUCUCGCAAGGAAGAUGAUGUUGUGAGUGUAUGUGACAACAGUCUAACUGUUCAUGAACCCAAGCUUAAGGUUGACCUUACUGCUUAUGUUGAAAGGCAUGAGUUCUGUUUUGAUGCUGUUCUCGACCAGCAAGUAACCAAUGAUGAGGUAUAUCGUGAAACUGUACAGCCGAUCAUUCCUAUCAUAUUUCAGCGAACAAAAGCAACUUGUUUUGCUUAUGGCCAGACAGGAAGUGGGAAGACAUACACAAUGCAACCAUUACCUCUUAGAGCUGCAGAAGAUCUUGUUAGAUUAUUACAUCAGCCAGCAUAUCGUAAUCAAAAGUUCAAAUUAUGGCUAAGUUAUUUUGAAAUUUAUGGUGGAAAACUCUACGAUCUACUAAGCGAUAGAAAGAAACUUUGCAUGAGAGAAGAUGGAAGACAACAGGGAAUUCUGCUAGAAGUACUGGUUCUACUGGAGCUAAUGAGGAGUCUUCAAGGUCACAUGCUAUAUUACAACUAG